GACUCUACACACCAGUGAACACUGACUGCCAUACCAAAGAUCAAAGCAACCGGCUCAUACCCGCUGUAAAUACUGUCGGAAGUGAAGUUUGAGAGCACGUUUGAUCUGAUGACAUUACUCGAAAUGUGGUGGCUGCUGUAACAGAGAGGGAAAGAGAGAAAGAGUAGGGAAGAGGAAUUUCCCCCUUUCCCUAGAGUCCUUGUGUCUCCUGAUUACCUUUAGCUGAACGAGCAGACACAAAGGUACAUACUGGAUGGUACAUGGUCAUCUCUCGAACUAUCUCCCACCUUAACCCCUCACUACGGUAACCUUCAGCAUCUUCUUGACCUCCCUGACCCAAAACCCACUGGGCAGAAGCCGAUCUUCUACAAACCCUGCAACUUUCCUCUCAACCCCACCCCAUUGCAACAGUUACCAUGGCAGCAGCCAAGCCGAAAGGGCAGAACUCGCUGGCUCUUCACAAGGUGAUCAUGGUCGGAAGCGGUGGUGUGGGAAAGUCAGCUCUAACUUUGCAGUUCAUGUAUGACGAGUUUGUGGAAGACUAUGAGCCUACAAAAGCUGAUAGUUACAGGAAGAAGGUGGUUCUGGAUGGAGAGGAAGUCCAGAUAGAUAUUUUGGACACAGCAGGUCAGGAGGAUUACGCAGCCAUUAGGGAUAACUACUUCCGCAGCGGGGAAGGAUUCCUCUGUGUCUUCUCCAUUACUGAACUAGAAUCUUUUGCAGCGACUGCUGAUUUCAGAGAACAGAUUCUGCGGGUGAAAGAAGACGAGAAUGUCCCCUUUCUGUUGGUGGGGAAUAAGUCAGAUCUGGAAGAUAGGAGGCAGGUUAGCGCUGAUGAGGCCAAAGCCAGAGCUGAUCAGUGGGGUGUGUGCUACGUGGAGACGUCUGCAAAGACCCGAGCCAAUGUAGACAAGGUUUUCUUUGACCUCAUGAGGGAAAUUCGUGCCAGAAAGAUGGAGGACAGCAAGGAGAAGAACGGCAAGAAGAAGAGGAAAAGUUUGGCCAAACGAAUCCGCGAAAGAUGCUGCAUUUUAUAGUCUCUCUGAUGGUAUUCUGUUAGGUUUUACAUGUGUAUUUGGAUGUCUAUAUUUUGCCCUAUUGCCAACAAAUGCUCAUCGGCGAUAUUUCCUGGUGUUUGUGUGUCAGAUGUGUGGUUGUUGCUAGAAUAAGAAUCAGGAGUGUCGUUAUGGUUGAUUUCUUGGGCUAUGCCACAUGCUGUUGUCUACUUCAGUGUGUCUGUUGAAGCACAGGGCACUAUUGCUUCAUUCAUUGGAUUUAGAAAAAAACUAACCCAGCACAUCAUAAUAAUUGCCUAAUUUAUUAAAAACGAAAGAAAAAAAGAAUGAUGUCAAUUAUUAGUUUUAACAUAAUAAUCUAAUCUAUUUAAUAAUUACAGAAACAAUCAGGCUUUUGUUACUCCAGUUAGUGAUUUGUACCAUAGUUGUUGUUGUUGUUGUUAUUAUUGUUUAUUUUAUUUUGAUUAGAGACUUAAUUCCCUAACUUGAGCCAGCUACUUGGCAGCAUCAGUGGAAUAAAUGAUUUGUAAACAGGAAGUUAUUUUGGCUGCACCCAUUUUGUGUACUUCACUUCUUGAUGCCUUGAUGUUCAGUUGUGAAUGUGACUUGCACUUAUCACCUAUACUGGCAGAGCUCCACUGAUCCCUUUUGUGUCUAAUCAUUGUGGAAUUGGAGAGGUUGCUAGCAAGAUAGGAAAGAGAACCUAUACUGUAUUGCUUGUGUGAGCAGCAAGUUAGAGAAAUGAUACUUUGAAAUUUGCUUUCCGUCUUGCUAUUGGAAGGUCAAAAAUGCCACCGCAACAUUGCAUGUGGCCGAAGUAAGUACAAUGACAAUCUUAUGCUUUUCAUAUGUGAUAUGUAAAUCCAAAAUUUUUCCUUUUGGUCAGCUUGUGCACUCAUGCCCACUGUUCCAGUCUUAACCAGAAUAAUACAUGUUUCUAUCAUCAUCUUGAAAAUAUGUAAUGUGUAUCAGUCCAGUGACUUAGUUUGCUUUUCUGCGUAUUUAUACAUGUAUUGCCAGUGUUUAUUUCAGCCACUAUUUUAAAUGUGCUUUAUUAUUAAAAUGGAGUUCUAACUUUCUGUAUUGUGGCCAUACCUCGAUUGCUUUUUAGCAGAAAGAAAAAGAUGAUACGUCCCAGUUAUCUGGUUUGCCAUGACUAGUUCUUUGAAGAUAAAAGCUGAGGCCACAUCCACACUAAUCCAUUUUCAAUUCCAAAUGUCAUUGUCAUCGUGUGCGAGAGAAUUUUAGGUGGAGGAAAAGGCAGUUCUAGUCUUUAAACACCAGAUUGUUUACACCCGCUGUCGUAUUGGUCACUUCAGGUUGACAAGUUUUUAAUAUUGGGAGAAGAUUCACCAACAUGUACCUUCUGCCAGAAUCCAUUAUCCCUGAAACAUGUUUUAUUAAACUGUACUGCUCUUAACCCCGUGAUAAACCUUUUUUAUUCAGUCAGCACCCUGAAAGAAAUGUUUAACAAAAUCAAACCGAAUGCAAUUUUUGAGUUUUUAGGAAAAAUGGAUUUUAAAAACCUCUUAUAGAAUUGCUUACACAUUUGCCGCCAUGGAAUUAGCCAUAGAAGCUGGCAUGGUGUUAAAAACAAACAAACGACAAACUAGUUUUUAAACGAAAAUGGAUUUGUGUAAAUGUGGGCUUCCUGUUUUAGUUAAUGCUUUCAAGAGGCGCUUCUAGCAACAUGCAGGAAAAUAAUAUACAGUACUGUGUAAAAGUCUUAGGGGCAUUUUAUUUAUAUAUUCAGCUUUUAGUGUAUUAAUAGGAAAUAUCAAUUUUAGAUUUCAACAUUCCCUUUGCAAAUAGAAUUGAACAGAAGAAUAACAAGGAGCUCUACAACAGCUGUAUAGCCCCCAUAGAGCCCGAUCUCAACAUCAUGUCUAUCUGUGAUUACAUAAAGAGACAGAAGCAAUUGAGACAGUCUAAAUAGAUCGAAGAACUGUGGAGAAUUCUCCAUGAAGCUUGGAACAUCCUAUCUGCCAACAACCAAGAUAAACUGUGUCUAGAAGAAUUGGGGAAAGGUGGUCACACCUUUUUUUUAUGUUUACUGGACUUUGUAUGAUUUUAAUUGAAAACUAUUUAUGUCAUUAUUUUUGAAGACAUCCUCACUAUGCAACAUUUUUCACAAGGGCCUAAAACCUUUGCACAGUACUGUAUAAAAAUAUCCUUCUCUAAAUCAACUGUAACAUUUUCACUGGAUAAGUGACAAGAUCCCCCAUUUGUCAUAGCACAAUGGCUCCCUAUUGACAUGUGAGAACAAUGAACGUGCAUCACUUCAUGCAAAGGUGUCAAGAGCUAAUUAUUCCCCAAAAGUGUUUGCUUGGGAAACAACUUCACGUAAGCAGUGGUUUUAAGUAUGAACUACUAACACAAGAACCUCCUGUUGAAUACAUGAAUCUAAAGAUGUCACACCAAAGGCCAGUGGGGUAUUAAUGCAUGGUGGAUUAUAUCUCUGCUGAACUUUAAUGUAUGCAAAGGCUUUUGUAGCAAUCGCAGCUGUGUUCUUGCCUGUUUUGACUAAUCAUUUCUUUCAUGGUGCUAUUUUUUUUUUUUUUACUUAAUUAAGAAGACUUUGUCCUUAGUAUGUAUGUGUACUUGUUUGUGUAUGUGUCAUGAAAGGAUAUGUGUAUUUUAAAGGGGAAGGGUAUUCUGUUAAAAAUGUUUUUAGUGUGCAGUAAGUAAAAAAAUAUGAUUUCAGUGUAAAAUAUAAAAAAGAUUAUUGCUAGUUUUCAGUAGUAGGUAGAAUUUCUAGUUGAACCUUGUGUAAAAUAUUCAGACUAACUACUCAAGUUCAUUAGUUUUCCUUAAGGACUGGCCAUUUAUAUGUGUGCCAUUUCCAACUGUAAAAGUAACAUUUUGCUUUCAAAGCAAGAAAAAUGUAAUUUAUUAAUUUAAUUGAUUUUAUUUAUCUUAAAUGUGUUUCUAAAUUUUUUUUUACCUUUUCAUUUGCUUUGAGAGGUAUGUUUUCUCAGAUGUUUUUCUUUUCUCUUUUAACCACAUAUCCAUACAGAUAAUGUAUACUAGUCUUACCUUAUGAUUAUGCUUAAACAUUUCUAUUAAAAUCAUAUAUUGUUGCUAUGCUUUGACUAUACUGGAAAAGAAAUACAUAUUGCUAUAGCAUCAAUGCCCUGACUGCCUGGAAUGAUCCAAUUCUUGUUAUUGCACAUUUUAUUUGUUAAUAAAAAAUA